AUGGCUCCCAGCGACCGGCCGUUACUAGCUCGAGAAGACUCUCGUGACUCAGAGCGAGAAGCGACCGAGGAAGAUGCUCUGCUCACAGGACAAGCCGCACCGAGCAGCCGUAAACAGCAAUCGAAAUGGCAGAAAUACCGCGAAGCUGGACUGAGCGUAUACGCCGUCCUGGCGACCAUCACAAUCAUAUCGCUCGCGAUAGUCGUGAACCGCGAAGCGAGACGAGCAGACUCCAGACCUUCAAACCCUUCGCAACCGGACGAUGGAUGGGAUAGAGAUGGAAAACCCACUGGCAAGAGGAAUCUGAUAUUCAUGGUGUCUGAUGGGAUGGGUCCUACGUCUUUGUCGAUGACGAGGAGCUUUCGGCAAUAUAUUGAUGUGUUACCUCAGGACGAUAUACUGGUGCUAGAUGAGCAUCUCGUGGGCUCGUCGAGGACGCUGAGCUCUAACUCGCUGAUUACGGAUUCGGCUGCUGGUGCGACGGCAUUCAGCUGUGGGAAGAAGUCAUAUAAUGGUGCGAUAUCUGUGUUACCUGAUGGAAGCCCAUGUGGAACUGUGCUCGAAGCUGCGAAGAAAGCUGGGUACAUGACUGGAUUGGUGGUUACUACUAGAAUCACUGAUGCGACGCCGGCGUGCUUUGCUGCUCAUGUCGACAAUCGAGGCUACGAGGACAUAAUCGCAGAGCAGCUGGUUGGCAACUACCCUCUGGGACAAGUGGUUGACGUGAUAAUUGGUGGUGGCCGUUGUCAUUUCCUACCGAAUACCACGGAAGGCUCCUGUCGUGCAGAUGACAAGGAUAUCGUCAAGAUGGCGAGCAAAGAUUACGGAUACAACUACAUCGACAAUCGCCGGGAUUUUGAUAGCCUUCGCUCGGAAGGCGGCGUCCAACUCCCUCUACUAGCUCUCCUCGCCGACUUUGACAUCCCCUACGAGAUCGACCGAGCCCACGUCAACGACAUCUACCCCUCAGAAUCCGAGAUGGCAAAGGUAGCCCUCGACGCCCUCUCAGUCGCAACCCAAGACUCCGACAAAGGCUUCUUCCUCAUGAUCGAAGGAAGCAGAAUCGACCACGCCGGCCACGGCAACGAUCCCGCAGCUCAAGUCCACGAAGUCCUAGCCCACGACAAGACCUUCGCGACCGUCCUCGAAUUCCUCGACAACUCCGACGUACCAGGCGUUGUAGUCGGCACCUCAGACCACGAAACCGGCGGCCUAGCAGCCGGCCGUCAAAUCGGCCAAGCAUACCCCGAAUACAAAUGGUACCCAGCCAUUCUCGCAAACGCAACCCAUUCCGCAUCCUACCUCAGCCAUAAAUGGGUCGCCUAUCUCCUCUCCACAGAAGGCGAGAAAGCCUCCAGAAAACAAAAAGCAAAAUUCAUACGACAUGAGAUGUUCGAGAAGGAUUUCGGAUUAUACGAUGUAACAGACGAAGAAACCGACAGUAUCAUCGACGCGACUAUUUUCUGGCCGCCGGUCUGGAUCAUCGCUGACAUCAUCAGUCAACGUGCGCAAAUUGGCUGGAGUACGCAUGGACAUACGGCUGUUGAUGUGAAUAUCUAUGCUUCGGAUCCUCGGCAUGUGAAGCCGCUUAUUGGGAAUCAUGAGAAUACGGAGAUUGGACGGUUUCUUGCUGAGUUUUUGGAGGUGGAUGUUGAGGCUGUUACGAAGGAGUUGGUUAAGAAGGGUGUGAGGACGCACGGGGUUGAGGGUGGUUCAGAUUAUGUGUUGCAGAGACCACAAUUUCUAGACGAUAAUGUCUCGAAGAGCAAGCUAUGGAUUGAUGCUCUGAGGGGACACCAUGACCCAUAUAGUUCGGACCUGCAUUCUGGGGCAUAUCUUUGGAGAAAUGAAUAG